AUGAAAUUAACUUCUAACGCGUCAGAGCGUAAUUUCUUACUCAGGAUAGAACCAAGAGAUAAACUUACAUUUACUGGUGAUGCUACUGGCGAAAUACAUGCUACUAUAAAGCUAACAAAUAAAAGUGAUUCACGACAAGCAUUCAAAGUAAAAUGUACAAGGAAUGAUUUAUUUCGUAUAAGACCAGCCACUGGAAUCCUCGAUUAUGGACAAACCAUUCGUAUUGAUAUUACUUACAAAUGUAUUAACAAUCAGGUACCGGAAUCUGACAGACAUCACUUUGGUAUCUAUCAUAUACCAGCGCCAGAAGGAGCAACAUGCGCUGGAGCCUGGGCUGAACAUUAUGGGCCUCCACAAGGAGAACUUCGAAUGAAAGUAUUUGUUAAACAGCUGCUACGGACAAGUCAGGCAAAUGAUUCCAAGAGGAAGCUUGCAAUGUCAGCUGUGAAACCGCGUCGUUUAAAUCUUUCGCCAAUCAGGCGAGCGGUCUUUUUUCAAAACGUAAAAAAACGAUCACCACCUGAAAACAACGACGAGAACGUGAAUGUCGAGAAUUCAAAUUCAAGAAAGUAGGAGUAAAUCAAGGAUGAUUGUUCCUAUUCAGAGUGUACUGCAAUUUAGCAAAAUUGAUCAAACAUAAUAAAGCUAAGUAAAAUAUCAGUUGCAUUUAUUAACCAUUUCAAGUUGUUUGGCUCAUUUCUUCUCUUAAAAUGUUGUUAACAAAAUUCCCCGGAUCACUAUCUGCUUUGCAACAACUCAUCAUGUGAUCUUAUUGUUUCGUGCUCAGAAUAAUGGAUUAAAAGUGCUCUAUUAGUAUUUAGCACAAAACUUAAACGUAG